AUGACCGCCAGCCUUAAUCAAGGCAAUGAAGACUUCAAAUCUCAUGUCUUCAUUAUCAACGGAGGCAUACUACUCUUUUUCGCGUUGUUGAUAUCGAUCUCCAAUGGCAUCCUCCUGUUCAUGAUCUAUAAAGAUCCGCUGAAGAAAUUUCGCAACGCCACCGCAGUUCUUGUGGUCUCUCUGAGCAUAGCAGACUUUCUAACGGGAUGUGUAACCGCCGUAGACGUUGGAAUAGCACAUAUUCUGGAAGGAAUGGCAAUGGAAAAAGUCAUGCUUCAGGCCAAGAUCGUUUCGCAGAUAACCGUGCGCGCGAGUGUUUGUAUCAUGAUCAUUUUUGCGGUUGAACGGUUCAUAGCUGUUGCCUUCCCGUACGUUUAUCGUAGCUCCGUGACCAUCCCAAAAACCAUCCUCUGUUGUGUACUGUGUUGGUUGUUAGCCAUUGUUACAAGCUGUCUGGAGCUGGUAGUAGAGCGAGAUUUGUACGAUGUUGUGUUUCUUUACCUUAUUUUUGUCCUACCACUUGUCACGAUUAUUUUCACAUACUCGGCAGCUUAUUAUAUGGUGCUACAUCGACAUGGAAGACUCUACAAAAAAGAGAAAAUAUCCAGGCGAUCGGCUGAGAUGCAGAAACAACUGAUGACGACUGCCUGUCUGAUAAUUCUUGUCUUCUUCGUUUCUCUCGUUCCGUUUUGGGUAUUCACCACCAUCCGGCGUUACUGCAAAGAGUGUGUUCAUCAAAAAUGGUGCAUCGCAGGUUAUCGAUUGUCCAUCCCGAUUCUUUACAGUAACUCUGCCCUAAACCCGUUGUUGUACGCCUGGAGAAUGCGGCCAUACCGUCAAAGCUUUCAAGCCUUGUUUUCCAGAAAACAAAAUAGUGUGGGAGGAACAAGUCAUAACGAAUUCCCUCCAAACAAAGGCAAUGAAACUAUACUGGUCAAUGAAUUUUGCGAAGAGACUAAAGUAUAA